AUGCAAAGUGAUUUACACAAAAUCAUUGUAUCACCACAACCGCUUACUGUUGAUCAUGUGAAAGUGUUCGUCUAUCAGAUCUUGAGAGGAUUGAAAUACUUGCAUUCGGCUAACAUCCUGCACAGAGACAUUAAACCUGGCAAUCUUCUGGUGAACAGUAAUUGUAUCCUUAAAAUCUGUGAUUUUGGCUUGGCCAGAAUUUGGGACUCAAGGGAACGGCAAAAUAUGACACAUGAAGUUGUCACACAGUAUUAUCGCGCUCCAGAAUUGUUGAUGGGAGCUCGAAGGUAUACUGGUGCUGUAGAUAUCUGGUCGGUUGGAUGUAUUUUUGCAGAACUCCUUGCUAGGCGGAUAUUAUUCCAAGCACAGGGGCCAAUUGAUCAGGUGAGCGGAAUUGCAUUUUUAAGCUAAUG